AUUACAAUCCAGCCAAUGUACGUCACGUCGUUUAUUACGCUCACCUCUAAAGCAAUCAAAAACGUCAUCAUCGCUUAUCGGAAACCGGUUUGUUGGUCUUUUUAUCGUUCUUACCAUCGAGACCGGCUGGACGGUCAGUCAGUCAAAUGUGAACCGUCAUUGUCGUCGCGGGUGUUAAGCAGGCCUAUCAUGAAUUUUGAAAACAAAGUUGUUUUGAUUACCGGUGCCAGUUCUGGAAUUGGAGCUGCCACUGCCGUUUAUUUCGCCGGUUUGGGAGCGGAUUUGGUUCUAGCCGCUCGGAAUGAAACAAAUUUGGCUAAGGUUGGCCAAGACUGUGAAGAAGCUGGUAAGCGAAAACCACUGCUGGUAGUGACAGAUGUUACCAAGGAGGACGAUAACGAACGGUUGAUUAAGAAAACCAUCGAACACUUCAAGAAGUUGGACGUUUUGGUGAACAACGCCGGAAGAGGCUGUGCAGGUUCGAUCGAAAACACCAGCCUGGAACAGUUCGACGAUAUGAUGACGAUCAAUGUACGGUCGGUUUAUCAUUUGACAAUGUUGGCUGUCCCGCAUCUGAUUCAAAGCAAGGGUAGCGUUGUUAAUGUGUCCAGCAUUGCUGGAACUAGAUCGUUCCCGAACUUUUUGGCUUACUGCAUUGCAAAGGCAGCUAUUGAUCAAUUCACGAGAUGCACCGCCCUCGAUCUUGCCCCGAAACAAGUUCGGGUUAACUGUGUUAACCCAGGAGUCAUCAUAUCGAACUUCCACCGGGAGGUCGGGAUGGACGAGGAAGCAUACAAGGCCUAUUUGGAGCGGUCGAAGCAAACCCACGCCCUGGGAAGAGUUGGCGAAGGACAUGAAGUGGCGGCUGCGAUUGCUUUCCUGGCUGGAGAGACGGCCAGUUUUAUCACCGGUGUUUGUUUACCGGUGGAUGGUGGAAAGCACGCUAUGUGUCCAAGAUAGAAUUGAUAGUAUACCUGCUUGAGUAUCUCAUAUCAGUCAAAUAAAUGAAUUUUAUUUAUGGAGGAA